AAGAAAGAGCAAAUAAUUUUUGGCAUUCAUAUUGGCCGCUGGUUUUUGUGACCUGGUAUUGAGAAUGGGAGGACCGUGCAUCGUGUGGUUAUUGUGGGCAAUGGUUUUCGUCAUCAGCGCCGGCGGCGAGUUCGUCAAAGUAGGUGUAGUGCUUGAUCCUAGUACAACUGUGGGAAAACUCUCCAACCUUUCCAUCCAGAUGGCCCUCUCUGAUUUCUAUUCCGAAAAUUUCAAAUACAAAACCAGGAUUUCCUUUAUCUUCAAGGAUGCCGGAGAUGUGGUCGAGGUAGCAUCUGCAGCAACCGUGUUGUUAAGAGACGGAGUUGAAGCCAUAAUCGGACCUCAAACUACAGAACAAGCCAUGUACCUAACAGAAUUUGGAAGAAAAUAUGAAAUUCCCAUAAUCUCCUUUACAGUAACUACUCCCUCCUUGUCCCCAAAACAAAACCCAUAUUUCAUAAGGGCAGCCCAAAACGACUUGGCGCAAGUCCAAGCCGUAAAUGCCAUUAUUCAAAUGUACGGAUGGAGAGAGAUAGUUCCAAUAUAUGAAGACACGGAAUAUGGACGUGGGAUCAUCACCAAUCUAGCGGACGCCUUGCAACAAAACGGCACUCGAUUGGUUAGGAGAACCAUGAUCCCACUGUCUGCUAGUGAGACAGAGAUUUUGAAGGAGCUGAAGAGGCUAAAGGAUAUGCACGAAACCAUAUUCCUUCUUCACACGAGUGGUUGUGUUGGGCGGAUGGUUUUGAGUUUGGCCAAGAAAGAGGGAAUGUUUAGUGAAGGGUAUGCAUGGAUUGUAACAAAUGGGCUUUCCUCUUUGAUUGAUCCGAUAUUGGUUUCCAAAGAUUUGGAUUCCAUGCAAGGAAUUGUGGGCAUAAGGCCGUACAUACCCAUCACCCAAAAGUUACAAAAUUUUCAAGCAAAGUUCAAGCAACGACUUCCACUCUCACUUUCUUCAACAUCUCCCAAUCUUUUUGCAGUGCAGGCGUACGAUACGGUGUGGGCGUUGGCCAUGGCAGUAGAGAAAAUGAAUUAUUCCACCACCCACACCGGAACUGCAACAAGGAAAAAGCUGAUACUGCAUGAAAUUAAGAACACAAAAUUUGAAGGCAUUAGUGGAAAUUUCUCUUUGGUUGAUGGAGAGUUAAAACGAUCAACUUUUGAAGUGUUCUAUGUGGUGGGUGAGAAGGAGAAGAUCAUUGGGCUUUAUUGCCACAAGAAAGGAGUGUAUGAAAAAUCAAUUUCUAAACCCAUUUGGCCUGGAGACACAGUCGAUCCACCUCGAAUUAAUUUAACCAUAGGAAUUCCACUCAAAGGUUUCCCGGAGUUCGUAAACGCCAACAUAAUCGACCCCCAAAAGUCCUCUGGAUUUUGCAUCGAUAUCUUCAAUUCUGCUGUUGAAGUAUUAGAUAUUCCCAUUCGCCACACGUUCGUUCCUUUUGUGGACCAAAAUGGGAAGAGUAAUGGAUCCUACGAUGUGCUUCUACGACAGAUUGACAUGCAGAAAUUCGAUGUUAUUGUUGGAGAUAUAACAAUAGUUGCAAAUCGAACGGAGUUGGUAGACUUCACCUUGCCUUAUUCCGAAUCCAGGGUAUCAAUGUUGGUUUCUGAGAGAAAUGAUAAAAAAGAUGAGAACAUGUGGAUAUUCUUGAGGCCAUUUGAAUGGAAUCUUUGGCUUGUUUCCUUCAUCUCUUUCUUAUUUACUGGCUUUGUUGUUUGGUUACUGGAAUGUCGUGUCAACACUGACUUUGGAGCAGGUCCGCCCCAACAACAAAUUGGCCUCAUCUUUUGGUUUUCCUUCUCCACUCUCGUCUUUGCUCACAGGGAGAGGAUAUUGAACAACUUAUCCAGAUUUUUGCUGAUCAUAUGGGUUUUCGUGGUGUUAAUCCUCACACAAAGUUACACUGCAAACUUAUCCUCCAUGUUGACUGCGCAAAGGCUAAGGCCUUCCUUUCUUGAUGCAAAUGAGAUCAGAGAGAAGGGUUACUUUGUGGGUUAUCAGAACGGCUCUUUUGUCAAAUCUUUUCUAAUAACCCAGUUACAAUUUGAAGAAACCAACUUGAAAGCGUACGGAAGCCCCGAUGAAUUUAAGGAAGCCUUGAACAGAGGAAUCAAGGACGGUGGAGUAGCUGCCAUUUUUGAUGAAAUUCCUUACAUUAAGGUCUUCCUUAGGAAGUAUCCUUCUGGGUAUCGAAUGGUCGGCCCAACUUACCCAACUGGUGGAUUGGGUUUCGCUUUCCCAAAAGGAUCGCCUCUAGUGGCUUACUUUUCAAGGGCAAUAUUGAAUGUGACUGAAGAUAAAGACAAAAUGAGGGCAAUUGAAAGCAAAUACUUCUCAUCGGAUAGUGAAGAUACUCCACGAACUCCAGAUUCAGCUCUGAAUGUUUACAGAUUUGGUGGUUUGUUCAUCAUUACGGCUGUUGCCACAUGGUCUGCCUUACUAAUAUAUUUGACCCAGUUCCUUCUCACACAUUGGCCCGACUCCAGCAACGACCAGUCUCCAUUUGCUUCUAAAAUGUUUGAAAUGGUCAAGCUUUUCUAUCGUAAACAUUUCGUCCACCCUUCUUCUCUGCAAAGCAGUCAAUCCAGAGUAUAUUCAGUUUCUGAAAUGGCAGAAGAUAAGACAAUGCAGAUUGAGAAUGACGAUGACAAUUCCACUGAAGAGGCAAAUAUUUUGGGGGUAGUAAACGAAGACCAAGCCGAGGAUGACGCCUAAUCCAUACAAAAAGCCCAAACUUUUGUAUGAAAUGUGAUAAGUUUUGAACUUAUUUUACUAUGAUUGUGAAAGGUCAUGAAGUUUAAUUUCAAAAAGUGGGGAAACUCUUGAAUUCCUGAGACAAAAUAAGUGCUUCUUUUUUCCAUUUAAUUUUUCACAUGUCCAAAAUAAUUUGAAUUAAAUUUAUAAUUUAGUACAUUUUAUAA